CACAGUCGAUCGGCAAGCAUGUUGGUCUCACUCACAGUCGGCAAAGUCGAUGCCGGAGUAGCUGUCCUCCUUACCGAAGACAAGCGCUUGAUUGAAUUUCCAUCCAUCCUCCUCCCGCCAGACAUCCACUCCGGCAGCAUCGUCGACAUCAAUGUCUCCCGCAAUCAGCACGCCGAGCUCAUCGCCGAGCAAAAGUUCGCCGCGCUACAGUCAGACAUUCUCGGCGCAUUCGGUUCGCGCUCGCCCUCUGCGCCUGUCCUACGCUGCCGCAAUGCGACUCAGACCAGCAUCGUCCUCGAAUGGGACCCCGUCGAUCUUGCGACCGCAGAGCUGCGCAGCCUGAGCCUAUAUCGUAACGGCACAAAGGCCGGUGUCAUCCCAAAGGACAAGCUGAGCACGAAGAUUAGUGGUCUUGCGCUGGAUACGGACUACAAUUUUCAGCUGGUCCUACGUACCAGUGCCGGUCAGUAUGCUUCAGAGAAGAUCACGGUCCGCACGCACAAGAUGACGGACCUCACGGGCAUCACCAUCACCCCGGGUAUCAUGGCGCCGCAAUUGAAAGACAGCUUGGCGGAGACGGUCAACCAAAUCGGUGCAAAGAUGAUCGACACCGUCCGCAUUGACACCACCCACUUCGUCUGUACGGACCCUCGCGGUCAGGCAUGGGAGAAAGCCGUAGAGAUGAACGUGCCCGUAGUGGUGCCAGAUUGGCUCAAAGGUUGCGAAAGGGAAGGACGCAUCGUCGGUGUCCGAGGAUACUAUCUCGACGCGGAUCCCAAACUCCGUCAGAUCGGCCCCACCACGACAUCGUCGCAGCAGCGCGGCAGCGUCUCCAGCGUGGUCACUCGCGACGGCCCACGCAUCGAGCAUACUCCGCCUACCCCUGAACAGAGCCGCUCCGGCGGCGAGCGCGAAGGCAACACCUCGACCAUCGAACCUCCCACGCCUCCGCCGAAG